AUGCCGCAUGGGGCCUUGUGGGGGCCCCCAGGGAAAGGAAAGGGGCCCCCAAGGGCCCCUGGGGGGCCCCCCAGCGAUUUAGGGGCCCCCAAGAAGCGCCAGGCAUUGCGGGGGCCCCCAAAGAUGGGUACUGGGCUUUGGGGGGCCCUCUGGAUGAGGAAGGCCCAGCCUGCUGAGGGGCCCCACCCCAGCAGCAGCAGCAGCAGCAGCAGCAGCAGCAGCGAGCUGCCCCUGCUGCAGCAAGGGCGCAUGCACUGCUGCGCUGCAGCAAAAGAGGGCAUUAGAGACUGGGGGGCCCCCUGGGGCCCCUUAAGGCCCGGGGGCUUGGGUACACUGGGGACAGAAGUGGCUGUGGGGGGCCCCCCUGCUGCAGCGGCUGGGGGCCCCCUGCUGCAGUGCCUGGGGGCCCCUGGGGGUAUUGGGGGCCCCCCAGUGACACAGCGCGCACUGCAGCAGCAGCAGCAGCAGCAGCAGCAGCAGCUGGGCUUGUUUUAG